AUGGUAUUUGCAAAGCUUUUCGGCGGCGGCGGGAAGUCCGAGCCAGAGUAUCGGGUUGAUGCCGAGGCCAGCGACUCUGAGCCUUCCAUCAUUCACGAUGGCGAUCUCGCAUAUACCCGACAGAAAGGUGGAAAUGGUUCCAAGCCAUCGUACCAGGAGGCUGUCGGUGCGCCUGUCGAGUCAAAAUCGCCUUUGGGUUACCAUGUCGGCUGGGCAGCGGUUAUCUUCUUGAACAUUAACAUGAUGAUUGGAACCGGUGUUUUCUCAACUCCUGCUAGUAUCCUUAACCGAACCGGUUCCAUUGGCCUAUCUUUACUGUACUGGGUCAUUGGUUUUCUCAUGGCUGCCUCUGGAUUCAGCGUCUAUCUUGAGUUGGCUAGUUAUUUCCCCAACCGGAGUGGUUCCGAAGUUGUCUACCUUGAACAACAAUACCCUCGGCCCAAACACUUUUUCCCAGUCGCCUUUGCAGUUCAAUCCGUCAUUUUGUCAUUCAGCAGCAGUAAUGCUGUCGGUAAGUCUUUAGAACCCAAAAGAGGUGAUAACUCAACCACUUACACCUUACCAGUUCUCUCAAGAUAUCUGUGGAGAAUUGCCGAUGUCAAGCCUACCGAAUGGCAGAUGCGAGGUGUUGCCAUCGCAGCUUACACCCUUGCCGUCAUUUGCGUUCUUGCGCACAACAGAUACUCUCUGUGGCUUGUGAAUAUCAUUGGUGUCCUCAAGAUUCUCACACUGCUAUUCAUCAGCAUAGCAGGUCUCGUCGUCCUCGGAGGAAAUGUCAAGCACAUCCCCGACCCGAAGGCCAACUUUCAAAAUGCGUUCGAAGGCACCACCAAUAACGGAAAUGAUCUUUCCAGUGCUCUAGUCAGCAUCAUUUUCUCUUACGCAGGCUACUACAACGCAUUCAACAUGACCAACGAAAUCAAGAACCCAAUCCCCACUCUCAAGAAGAACGGCAUUAUUUCUCUCGGAACCGUUGCCAUUCUCUACAUGCUCUGCAACAUUGCCUACUUCGCCACGGUGCCCAAGGCCGAGUUCAAGGGAGCCAGCGAGAUUGCGGCGUCUGUCUUCUUCUCCAAGCUUUUCCGUGACAGCAAGGCUGCUGCCAAUGUGCUGAAUUUCCUGGUACUAUUGAGUGCUUUCGGUAACUUGUUGGCUGUGCUCAUCGGUUCCUCACGCAUGAUUCGUGAGAUUGGACGCCAGGGUGUUCUGCCAUUCACCGAGUUCUGGGUCUCCACCAAGCCCUUUGGAACACCUCUCGGUCCUUACCUUCUGAAGUGGGGAAUGACUUUUAUCAUGAUUGUCGCGCCUCCUGCUGGUGAUGCAUUCUCUUUUGUCGUCGACCUCCAAACCUACCCAAGCGCAAUGUUCAACUUUGCAAUGACAUAUGGUGUCUUCAUUCUCAGGCGGCGUCGCAGACGUUCCGGAAUUGGCCGUUCUGACUUCCGCGCAUGGGACUUUGUCGUAGUUUUCUUCCUCGCCAUUCAAGUGUUUGUUCUGGCGAUGCCUUGGUGGCCCCCGAAGGGAGGCCCGUACGCCGGAAGUGUCAGCUUCUGGUACGCCACCUAUUGCGUGGUCGGUAUUGGAAUCAUGAUCGUUUGUGGUCUCUACUACGUUUUCUGGAUGUACCUCCUUCCCAAGUGGAUGAAAUAUGAGAUCCGCACUGAGAUAGUAGAGGUUGAUAAUGAUGGAGCCAACACGCAUCGCCUGGUCAAGGUUCCUAAGGCUGAAGUGGAACAAUGGGACGCCGAGCAUGACGAGGCCGGUAACUUGCGUCGGAGAAACGUAACCACUGUCGAGAUCGAAUCCAGUGGUUCCAACGAGAAAGCCGUUUGA